AAAAAAAAAAAAAAGGAAGAAAAGGAAAAGAAAAAGAAAAAGAAAAAUCAAGUCAAAAUCGAAGAGGAGAGAGCUGGCCGUGGUUAAUUCCGAUAGUUAAUGAACGAACAGACGAUGAUGAUGGAUCCUUUGUCUCGUCGUCUUCUUUGAAUCAACGCCGGCGUGUGUCUCUCCGGUAACGGCUGAAGGAUCGGUUGAGAGGUUGCGGAUCCGGCGGUUCGCGGAAAGGGAAGCAAGGGAGGGAGGGAGGGAAGGAAGGGGGGGAGGAGGAGGAAGAGGAAGAUGAGCGGAUGGGAGAGGGUGCAGUCGUCCAAGGUGAGGUUCGGCGGCCGUCACUCGCCGCUCGGCGGCGAUGAGCGUGCUUCGACUAGGACGGUCCGUCUGGGCCGGGUCCAGCCGCAGGCGCCCACUCACCGCACCAUCUACUGCAACGAUCGCGAGGCCAAUCUCCCCGUCCGGUUCAAGGGGAAUUCUAUAUCUACAACGAAGUACAAUGUCAUCACUUUUCUCCCGAAAGGUCUUUUCGAACAGUUCAGGCGAGUGGCCAAUCUAUACUUUCUGAUGAUUUCGAUUCUGUCUGCGACACCAUUCAGUCCUGUAAGCCCAAUCACAAACAUGGUCCCACUCAGUUUGGUUCUUCUCGUAUCUCUUUGCAAAGAGGCAUAUGAGGAUUGGAAGCGGUUUCAAAAUGACAUGUCAAUAAAUAAUACUCUCGUAGAGGUAUUGCAAGAUAAUCGGUGGGUGAAUAUGCCUUGGAAGAAGUUGCAGGUUGGAGACAUUAUCAAGGUGAAGCAAGAUGAGUGUUUUCCAGCCGAUCUCCUUUUCCUGGCUAGUACAAAUGCAGAUGGUGUCUGCUAUAUUGAGACGUCGAAUUUGGAUGGGGAGACAAAUCUGAAGAUAAGAAAGGCUUUGGAAAGGACAUGGGAUUAUUCAACAGCUGAGAAGGCAGUGGAAUUCAAAGGUGAAGUGCAGUGUGAGCAACCAAACAAUUCAUUGUAUACAUUCACUGGGAACCUUAUCUUCCAAAAGCAGACACUACCUCUUUCUCCAAAUCAACUUCUUUUGAGGGGCUGCAGUCUCAGAAAUACUGAGUACAUAGUUGGCGCUGUCAUUUUUACAGGUCAUGAGACUAAGGUUAUGAUGAAUGCAAUGAAUGUUCCUUCCAAGAGAAGUACGUUAGAGAGGAAACUUGACAAACUAAUACUCACUCUUUUAGGCACUCUCUUCUUUAUGUGCUUCAUUGGAGCCAUUGGCAGUGGUGUCUUCAUAAAUAGCAAGUAUUGGUAUUUAGGUCUUUCUAAAGGAGUGGAAGCUCAGUUUAAUCCUAACAACAGGAUUGUGGUAGCUGCUGCAACUAUCCUUACACUGAUUACUCUAUUUUCAACAAUUAUCCCUAUAUCUCUUUAUGUCUCCAUCGAGAUGAUCAAAGUUUUUCAGUCCACACAAUUUAUUAACAAGGACUUGCAUAUGUACCAUGUUGAGACCAAUACACCUGCACUCGCAAGGACUUCCAAUCUGAAUGAGGAACUUGGACAGAUAGAAUACAUAUUUUCAGAUAAAACUGGAACUUUGACGAGAAAUAUGAUGGAAUUCUUCAAGUGUUCCAUUGGAGGGGAGGUUUAUGGAACUGGCAUGACUGAGAUAGAGAUGGGCAGUGCAGAACGCACUGGUGCCAAAGUUGAGGGGGGAAAAUCAGCCAAUGCGGUGCAUGAGAAGGGUUUUAAUUUUGAUGAUGAUAGGCUUAUGCGAGGUGCUUGGAGAAAUGAACCAAAUCCUGAUGCGUGCAAGGAAUUCUUUAGGUGCCUCGCUAUAUGCCACACUGUCCUUCCUGAAGGUGAUGAAUCCCCAGAAAAAAUUAAAUACCAAGCUGCAUCUCCUGAUGAGGCUGCACUGGUCACUGCUGCAAAGAAUUUCGGUUUCUUCUUUUACAGGAGGACACCUACUAUGAUCUAUGUCCGCGAAUCCCAUGUAGAGAAGAUGGGCAAAAUCCAAGAUGUUACCUAUGAGAUUCUGAACGUCCUAGAGUUCAACAGUACAAGGAAGCGCCAAUCUGUUGUUUGUCGUUACCCUGAUGGCAGGCUUGUGUUAUACUGCAAGGGAGCUGAUACUGUUAUCUAUGAAAGAUUAACUGAAGGACAUGGGCAUAUAAAGAAAAUAACCAGGGAACACUUGGAACAAUUUGGAUCUGCUGGACUGCGUACGCUUUGCCUGGCUUAUAGAGAUUUAAGUCCUGCAGUAUAUGAGAGCUGGAAUGAGAAGUUCAUUCAGGCCAAAUCAUCUCUACGGGAUCGUGAGAAGAAGCUGGAUGAAGUUGCAGAAAUUAUUGAAAAGGAACUGGUAUUGAUUGGAGCCACUGCUAUAGAAGACAAGCUUCAGGAAGGAGUACCUACUUGUAUAGAGACACUUUCAAGAGCUGGGAUCAAGAUCUGGGUGCUAACAGGGGACAAGAUGGAAACAGCAAUAAACAUAGCCUAUGCAUGCAGGUUGAUUAGUAAUGAGAUGAAACAAUUCAUAAUUAGUUCAGAAACAGACGUGAUUAGAGAAGUUGAAGAAAGAGGGGACCAAGUGGAACUUGCACGUGUUAUGAAAGAAGAAGUGAAGAAAGAUCUGAAGAAUUGCCUUGAAGAGGCACAACAAUAUUUCCGUACUGUCUCUGGACCAAAAUUGACUCUUGUAAUUGAUGGGAAAUGUCUGAUGUAUGCUCUGGACCCAAGUUUACGGGUGAUGCUGCUUAAUCUGAGUUUGAACUGUACUUCAGUUGUUUGCUGUCGAGUCUCUCCUUUGCAGAAAGCACAGGUAACAAGUCUGGUAAAGAAAGGUGCUCGGAAAAUAACACUUAGUAUUGGUGAUGGUGCGAAUGACGUUAGCAUGAUUCAAGCAGCUCAUGUUGGUGUUGGGAUUAGUGGCUUGGAAGGAAUGCAAGCUGUGAUGGCCAGUGAUUUUGCAAUAGCUCAGUUUCGCUUCCUAUCGGAUUUACUUCUUGUGCAUGGAAGGUGGUCGUAUCUUAGAAUAUGCAAGGUGGUGACCUACUUCUUCUACAAGAACCUUACAUUCACCUUGACUCAAUUUUGGUUCACCUUCCAAACUGGAUUUUCUGGUCAGAGAUUCUAUGAUGAUUGGUUUCAAUCACUGUACAAUGUCAUGUUCACCUCCCUGCCUGUGAUCAUUUAUGGGCUUCUCGAAAAGGAUGUUAGUGCAUCUCUUUCCAAGAAGUAUCCGCAACUGUACAUGGAGGGCAUCAGGAACUCUUUCUUCAGAUGGAGGGUCGUGGCAGCGUGGGCUUUUUCGGCCAUCUAUCAGUCGCUGAUCUUCUACCACUUUGUGACGACUUCUUCCUUAACUGGCCAGAAUUCUUCGGGCAGGACGUUUGGCCUCUGGGACGUCAGUACUGUGGCAUUUACUUGCGUCGUGGUGACUGUUAACUUGCGGCUUCUCAUGAUGUGUAAUUCUAUCACGCGGUGGCAUUACGUUAGUGUUGGCGGAAGCAUUCUCGCUUGGUUCGUGUUUGUGUUUGUGUAUUCGCUUAUCCGGGAGAAUAUUCUCUACGUCAUUUACGUAGUUAUGAGCACUUUCUACUUCUACCUAGCUUUUCUUCUGGUUCCCACUGUUGCACUGCUUCUCGACUUCAUACGCCAAGGGGUCCAGAGAUGGUUCUUCCCUUACGACUAUCAGAUCGUCCAGGAGAUCCACAGGCAUGAGCCUGACGACAACACCAGGGCCGGAGCCCUCGAGAUAAGCAACCACCUCACCGCCGACGAGGCCCGGAGCUUCGCCAUCUCCCAGCUCCCACGAGAGACCUCGAGGCACACGGGGUUCGCUUUCGACUCGCCUGGGUACGAGUCCUUCUUUGCCUCUCAGCAGGGUGUUUACGCCCCCCAGAAGGCCUGGGACGUUGUGAGGAGAGCGAGCAUGAGGUCCAAGUUGAAGGCCCCGCCCCUGCCCCCAAAGAAGUGAAGGAAAUAAUUUUGUUAGCUUAUUGCUCUUUCCGAUGCCCGGAGUGUCAGCGGUAGAGGAUUCGUGUAAAUUUAGAGUUGUGCCAUAUGUCUUUAGUUUUUUCGUCCUUUUUGUUUUGUUUUUUUGGCCUUACACAGCUGACAGUUUGCUCGAUUUUUUCCCCCAUCUGGUGUUCGAAAAAAUUCCGAGUAGAGCCGGGGAGUGCAACAUUAAUAUAUUUUUAGUGUUGGUUACUACUAGGAAGGAAGGUACAUGUACAUGUUCC